UUCCUAUAAAGUAAUAUUUAUCGGUUUACGAUGAAACUGUCUGGGCGAGGUUUUGUACCGUAUAUUGCUUCAUUUUACAGUAACACUAAGAUUUAUCCCUGUAUUUUAAAUUCUAAAUUGCACAAUUCAACUCGUGUAAAUGGAAUAUAUAACGAAAUUUGUCUAUUGAGAUACAAUACAAGUUGUUUGCGAAAGGAUAUUUCGUUUCUUACAUCCUCUAGCUUGAAAUCGGCUGGACAAAAACUGCAGUUAAAACUGAGAGAUUGUGAUAAUGAUGAUAUAAAGUCCAUUGCACUGAAAAUUUAUGAUAAAACUCACAAAGUGGAUAAACUAGUCUACAAAAUACUUAACAAUAGGUAUCGUUAUAAUUUGGAAAAAACAACAAAGGUAUUCCAUGACAGCAACUACAAGUAUGGCCUUGUUGGCGUUUCUUUCAUUUGUUUCUUUGGAUCAUUGACACUUUCACUUAGCCCAGUAUUCUCUAUCGGAUGUCUUGUUGGUCUAUAUCUCUAUCGUAAUGUUUACAAGCAGACUGUAGAUCGAAGGGACGCGAACCUAAACUUUGAAAAAUAUAUCGCAGAUAACAAAAUACAAAAAUCUGAACUCGCUUUCACCCUGAAACUGAUGUUAUAUGACAUAUCAUUAUUGGAAAGAAAUAUGGAUAUAGACCUGCCAAGAAACGUGGAAUAUAAACUAAAUUAAUAAUUGUGCUUUCUUCUAUUUAGAAAGAGCACGACA